AUGACUGCUAAAAAGGAUGGGAAGAAGAAAGAUCCUCCGAAUGAAGACCUCCCGCCACCCAAAAAGAAUGUAGUUUAUCCUAUCGAAGAACUCUAUGUGGAUGAUCCAAAAAAGAACGCUAAAGCUUAUGAAGUUAAUUCUGAGAAUAAAGAAGUGGUUGAGACCGAGAAAAAGGAUACCAAAAAGCAAGCCGGCAUCAUCUCGUCAUAUGGGGUUCUAUACGGUUUUGCUGACCGAACUGAUGUGCAGCUCAUGUCAGUUGGCCUCAUAUGUGCUUUACUGCAGUCAGCAAUUCCACCAUUUGUUUGGCUUGUUAUGGGAAGUUUCGUCUCGUUCUCCAUAACUCGGGAGGAGGAACGGUUGUAUAAUACCUCGGGUGCUGCUAAUGGUUCGAAAUUCGAUGAGGAUUUUGCAGCAUCGGCAACACCAGCCUUUAUUAUAAUGGUAGCAUUGUCAAUCGGCAUGUUCUUCGCUGCAUUUAUUCAGAGGCUGGCAUGGGAAGUUUCUGCAAUUCGACAAGUAUUCCGUGUGAGGCGAACUUAUGUACGUAAAGUGCUUCAUAUGGAUGUCGCAUGGUUGGAGAAUCGUCAAAGUGGUCAAAUGGCGACCAUGCUUCAGGAGUAA